GAGGAGGGGGCCGGGGCCUCGGGCAGCGCCGCUGUUAAAACAGUUUCUUGCCGUCAGAGGGAGUUCAGAACCAGAUCCUCCAGUUAAUCACACAGCAAGUUAGCUCGUCGCAGAAAGCAGCUCCAGCCCAGCGGCUCUGGGACCGGACUCCUCUCCCGGCGGUGGUUACAGAGGCCCGCACCAUGGGGGCCACCAGACUGCUGCAGGCCCUGCUGCUCCAGCAAAUCCUCCUGCACCUCCUGCUGCUCCCCGUCGCCUUCCCCAUAGCAGAAGGACAGAAGAAAAGAAGAAAUACGCUUCAUGAAUUCAAAAAGUCAGCAAAGACUACGCUCAUCAAAGAAGACCCAUCCCUGAAGAUUAAGACCAAGAAAAUGAACAGCGUGGACCAGUGUGCUGGUCGGUGCACACGGAACAAAGGGCUCCCCUUCACCUGCAAGGCCUUUGUGUUUGAUAAAGCAAGAAAAAGAUGCCUCUGGUUCCCUUUCAAUAGCAUGUCGAGUGGAGUGAAGAAAGAGUUUGGCCACGAAUUCGACCUCUAUGAAAAGAAAGACUACAUUCGCAACUGCAUCAUCGGGAAGGGGGACAGCUACAAGGGCACGGUCUCCGUCACCAAGAGUGGCAUCAAGUGCCAGCCAUGGAGCUCCAUGAUCCCCCACGAGCACAGCUUUUUGCCUUCGAGCUAUCGGGGUAAGGACCUGCAGGAAAACUACUGUCGAAACCCUCGCGGGGAAGAAGGGGGACCCUGGUGUUUCACCAGCAAUCCCGAGGUACGCCAUGAAGUCUGUGACAUUCCUCAGUGUUCAGAAGUGGAGUGCAUGGCCUGCAACGGGGAAAGCUACCGAGGGCCCAUGGAUCACACAGAAUCAGGCAAAAUUUGCCAGCGCUGGGACCAUCAGACUCCUCACCGGCACAAAUUCUUGCCAGAAAGAUACCCUGACAGAGGCUUUGAUGACAAUUACUGCCGCAACCCCGAUGGCAAGCCGAGGCCUUGGUGCUAUACUCUUGACCCUGACACCCCUUGGGAGUACUGCGCAAUUAAAAUGUGUGCUCACAGUGCUAUGAAUGACACCGAUGUCCCCAUGGAAACAACCGAAUGCCUUCAAGGUCAAGGAGAAGGAUACAGGGGGACCGUCAGUUCCAUUUGGAGUGGAAUUCCCUGCCAGCGCUGGGACUCCCAGUACCCCCACAAACAUGACAUAACUCCUGAAAAUUUCAAGUGCAAGGACCUGCGAGAGAACUACUGCCGGAAUCCAGACGGAGCCGAGUCGCCCUGGUGCUUCACCACUGACCCCAGCCUCCGCGUGGGCUACUGCUCCCAGAUUCCCAAGUGCGACGUGGCUGGCGGACAAGAUUGUUAUCGUGGGAAUGGAAAAAAUUAUAUGGGCAGCUUAUCCAAAACAAGGUCCGGACUGACGUGCUCGAUGUGGGAAAGGAACAUGGAGGAUUUGCACCGUCACAUCUUCUGGGAGCCAGAUGCCAGUAAGCUGACCAAGAAUUACUGCCGGAACCCUGACGACGAUGCGCACGGACCCUGGUGUUACACGGGGAACCCUCUUAUUCCCUGGGAUUAUUGCCCCAUUUCCCGUUGUGAAGGCGAUACCACACCUACAAUCAAUUUAGACCAUCCUGUAAUAUCGUGUGCCAAAACGAAGCAAUUGCGAGUGGUUAAUGGGAUCCCAACGCGAACCAAUGUAGGAUGGAUGGUUAGUCUGAAGCACAGAAAUAAACAUAUCUGUGGAGGGUCACUGAUAAAGGAAAGUUGGGUCCUUACUGCAAGACAGUGUUUCCCUGCUAGAAAUAAAGAUUUGAAAGACUACGAAGCUUGGCUGGGAAUCCACGACGUGCACGGCAGGGGGGCUGAGAAGAGCAGGCAGGUUCGGAACGUGUCCCAGCUGGUGUUCGGGCCCGAGGGCUCGGAUCUGGUGCUCCUGAAGCUGGCCAGGCCCGCGGUCCUGGACGAUGCGGUCAGCACCGUGGAUCUGCCCAACUACGGCUGCGCCAUCCCGGAGCGGACCACGUGCAGCGUGUACGGCUGGGGCUACACAGGAGGUGAGAAUGAAUUUGGAAGUACUGCUUUCCUUUCAAUUUCAUUCAAAAAUAUGAACCGCCACCACCGCGGCAAGGUCACCCUGAGCGAGGCUGAGCUCUGCGCUGGGCCAGAGAAGGGCGGGUCCGGGCCGUGCGAGGGGGAUUACGGUGGCCCUCUCAUCUGUGAGCAGCAUAAAAUGAGGAUGGUCCUUGGCGUCAUCGUUCCUGGCCGCGGCUGUGCCAUCCCCAACCGCCCUGGUAUUUUCAUCCGAGUGGCCUACUACGCAAAGUGGAUACACAAAAUAAUUUUAACAUAUAAGGUACCGCAGUCAUAGCCGAAGAGCUUGUAUCUGAAGGGUCCAUCCACACACGACAAUUUUCCGAGAAGAUCUCGGAGAAGGUGGAGUGGAAUUGUCACCAGAAACAAUCCCGAAACAACUACUUGAGUGUCAUGUUGUUAGGAUGCUCACUAAUGGUCAUAAGUGUUUCUGUUGUUGUGUUUGUCAGUGUUAUUUUAUAAAUGUUGAAGUGAAUUAAGGUACACGCAAGUGCAGUAACAUAACUCCUGAAGAUACUUGAAUGGAUUAAAAAUGCAAUGAUAAAGGAUGAUGAAGGAUUUAAUGGACUAGUUCAGUUAAUCUCGCCACGCUGCUUUCCAAGGUUAGUGACUUAAUGACGAGUAAACCAUAAGUUAAGCGUUAUUUUAACCUCACCCAAACAGUUUAUACCUUGUGAUCUUAAACUGUAACUCUGUAUUCCAAUCUGUUGCCUUUCCUGUGCCAUCUGAUAGCACAAUCAGUUCUCCUCACCGUGGAUCCUGGAACAGCGGUCAUCAACUCGCUUUUACAAAACCCCCAUGUGUUCCAUGUACCUGGGUGUGCUUGUACAGUCCAAAUCAUGGUGUAUCUGAUGUAAUCCCUCACUCUUUUAGAGGUGUGUAUCUGUGGUUUUUCUUCCAGAAGAAUGUGAGAAAUUUCUAAAGAUCAGCAGAAAUGUUAAGGAAAUUCCAAGACAGAAGUGGCUGUCUUCUGUACCUAAUCUAUAGAUGACCUCCUCUGGGUUUAUAAGCUGAGAUUAGGUCCUGCAGAGCUGCAUAUUGCCUAAUCUAGGCAUUUACACAUUUAUUAGUCUCCUUCCUUCAUGUACUUUCUAAUUCUUAAAGGGAAGAGAAUAAUACAUGCAUUUAUAUUAUUUCUUUCCUCCAACUUUAGGGUCACAUGUUUAUGCAAGAUAUCUGUAGAUAUAUGUUCCAAAGUGUUUCUUAAAUUUUCAAAUUGUAUCUAACAUGAAGCAAUGUAAAGGUGUCUUGGCUAUUAAAAAGGUAUUAAAGUAACUUGAUUCCAAGACUUUCUGCUGUGAUUGGAUGUGAGUUCACACUCCUUAAAUUGAGAAUACAUAAUAUAUAUUUAAGAGGAAAAUUUUCAUAUGUCUCCAAGAGUUUUACUAAUAAUCUACCACAUUAUGCAUUAAACUAAAUACAAAAGCAACAACUAAAAAUAUUUUUCUCAGCCUGGAAAUACUUUAGCAUACUAACGCUUCACUGGAGUAGAGGAAAAUUAUACCACGGAAGGAACUAUUUUGUCUAAAUCUGUAUUCAGUUAUUUCUUAAAUGUAGAGUUGCCUAUGCUGAAUCAGAUGUUUUCGUCAGGAUAUCUUCGUUUUAUCUUAUUUCAUUUAACACAGGUCUUUCGUAAUGCCAUGGGAAAUAUCCAUUUACAUUUUGUGUUCUGUAUGAUAACAGCCAAACUGUUCUAUUUAUUAUUCAUUUUGGUCGGCACGGCUAGCUAAUGUGUAUCUGUCAAGGAAAGAGAUUAAAAAGGAGCCAUGGAAUAGGCUCUGAAUUUUCACAAAAUCUUCCUGUAUUGUCUAGGAGUAAUGUGAGUGGUUUGAAUCCACUUUCCCAUUUCUCUGGCUGGAUUCUCUUCAGUCAUGAGCCCAAGCCCAUGAAUGCAAGCGAUGCCCUAAGCAUUCUCCAGCGUGCAGCAAUCCGGAGUAAGUUGGUUUCUGGUUUGUGGGGAGCCUGGUCCACUGAGGACAGGACAGUGAAUACAGAAAUGCUUAUACAAAUAGUGCCAAGCUUCUGUUUUCUUUUAGAAGUUUUUGUGGUAAUAAAAUAGAUGCUGGCAUUGAGAAGCAGCGAAAACAGGGUCCCAAUGUGAGCAGGCCACAUAGUGCUACCUUCCUUGCAUCCUUCCUCCUCCUUUAUCAUAUCUGCUCUAAUGGAAGAACAGAAACUUCAAGGUAUGUUGUCAGGACAUUAAAGUGUUUUGCAUAGUUCCUCCUGAAAUGGUCAGAUGUUAUUAAACCACAUAUCUGUCAUGUCAGUAAAAGUUUCACAAGAAUUGCCAUACUUUGAAACAAUCACAUUUUAAAGUAUUUCUUUCAUGUCACUUUCAUUUCAUGUAAAUUUCCACAGAAAGAGAUAAGGGUUAACUUAAAUCAAGAUUCAGCUAAGUUUCUAGGCAUUUUGAACUCAGUAUUUGCCAUUUUAUGAAAGGGUAAACAUGACCUGGAUAAAUCACCAAACAGGGCACACAGAUCAGUUCUCCCCUUGGGAGGCUCAGUUUUGGAUGCAGUGCGUGGAAGGACUGGCCACAAACAAGCCCAUCUUAUAGCAGCCUGCAGGAUGGGGCACGACCCCAUCGUCCCCCAGUAAAAGAUUCUAUUCGUGGGUGUUUUUCUCUGAGUGAACCACAAAAUAAUGAAAAAGUUCAGUGUGUCUAGAAAUCCAUUUUAUGAAUAAUGUGGAAAAAGGGCCUUAUAAGCUAAACAUUUCUGAUGCUCUGUUUGUUUUGGCUGUUUGAGUUAUGGUUUUAUGCUGUUCUAAUAGUAGACAUUUUCUUACGUCUACCAGAAAUAGAAAUGUAAAAUUAAAAUAUGUGUCAUAAUGCCUCUGCUGUGCAGAAGUGAUGAUAAUCCUUUUGUAUGCUUCUUUAAUUUUAAUGUAAAAUGUAUAAUGACUUUUACCUGUUUGCUGUGGGCGGGGCCUCAGUAAAACGGUUUCUAUGGAGUGGAUCUCUGGUAUUAACAGGCUCUUGCUUGCUGUCUAAGUGUUUCCAACAACCAAAGGAGGAUGUGAGACACUGGAGGCAAGAAGUUAACAACCAUGGCAUUGUGAUAGCAAAGCUGUAUUUCACUUAUUCCUGUGAAUAUUUCUUGUUGGUACCAAUGGUACUGUACAAAGUGAAUGUUAUAGCCACAACAUUCUCUCGAACUCUGUCAAGAAGUGAGACAUGGCUGUCAGGCAUUUUCUUAUGGUUUCUAAACUUUAGAAAAAAUAACACAUGCUACUUAUGCAAUAUAAAGAUCACGAGGUAAGGAAUGUUAACAAAUUCUGUACUCCAAAGCCUUAUGUUGACUUUCUGAGGUUCAAAGAAAUAACUACUUUCAAUUAUUGUAUACUGUAUUUAUAGAAAAACUCACUUGAAGAAUUGAAUUGGGUAAAAAUGACAUGUUUGUGUUUUCAAAAUUAACAAUUUAAGUAAAUUACUUUUCAUGACUAAAUCCCUCCAGAAAAGAAUUUAGAUCCAAUAUUCAACUAAUACACAAGAAAGCUAAAAAUUUCUAGCUCUUGUAACUCUUAACAGUGUAACUUUGAAGUAGGUUCAUUUCCAUUUGCACAGAAAGUUUCUGUCUUUAGGAAACGGAAACUAGAAUACUGUGGAUACUGUGACUGUAUGUCGUAUGUGUAAAUAGGAAAUCAAUAAGCUGCCUGUUGGGUGGUAGAGCUGGAUGCUUCCCGCAGAAAGGGAUACUGUGGUUAUGAUUUGUACUAUAAAGUAUCUGUAGUUAAUAAAGUUAUUUUUA